CAAACUACUCAAGGGGAGAAUUGUUGCUACAGACUGUAGGGUUGAUAAAAUCAGAGAUAAACAAACAUGCACCAUGUCCUCACUGCUUUGUUCAGUUGCUCCUGUUUGCAGUAACAGUGAACUGCACUGACGUUCAGCAGAAAUCGUGAUAACGCGAGGUUUGUUCCUGACUUGUGGCCUAGUGUACUACACUCCUCUGAACUGUCUCUGGGAUUGCAGUUGGAAAGAAACGUAAACUCCUGUGAGGAAAUGAACAGCUGGACUCCAACAUCCACAAAGCAGUUCGCGUGCAAAGCAUUUGUUGUGGCCUCUCGUGCUGUUCGCGAGCGUCCAACUGAAGGUUGGCUCACAGCGCUGAUCUGACAGGCGCGUGGACACAGCAUCACAUAGACUGCAUAUGUUUAUAGAUCUAUGCUUUUUAUUCCAGGUCAUCCUCCAGCACCGCGCUCACACUCAUCAACGCACCCUGCUCCCAAUGUUUACUUCUCCGGCGUGUCUUCUCCAGCCAGGGAAAAGUAAUGUUGUGCUUUAUUCUACAUCAUUUUAUGACAAGCUGCUCGAACACAUAUCACGUUUUAGGACACGUAUUGAAAUCUCUUCAGGGAUGAUGCAGUAGCUGGCAGCAGUGUGAACAGUUGGACAGCUUCCUCUCUCGGGCAGCGAGCUGUCGUCGACAGUUGCAGAUCCUCUCCGGCUCCAUGAUGGCGAUGUUUCGGAGCUUUGUCUCGGCGAGCACACAGCUCAGACAGCAGCAGCAGCAGCAGCAGCCUAACAGCGGCUCAGGUUCGCUGGCAGCCCCGGCGGAGAGUAUCGAGAGUCAGUUCUCCUGUCCCAUCUGCCUGGAGGUCUAUCAUAAACCCGUCAGCAUCGCCAGCUGUGCUCACACGUUCUGUGGGGAGUGUCUGCAGCCAUGUCUACAGGUGACCUCCCCACUUUGCCCUCUCUGUCGGGUCCCCUUUGACCCCAAGAAAGUGGAGCGCUCCAGCAGCGUGGAGAAGCAGCUGGCCUCAUACAAAGCUCCCUGCAGGGGCUGUAGCAAGAAGGUGUCACUGGCAAAGAUGAGGUCCCACAUUUCUUCGUGUUCUAAAGUCCAAGAGCAGAUAGCCAACUGUCCCAAGUUUGUCCCUGUGGUACCCACCUCCCAACCUAUACCAAGCAAUAUUCCAAACCGGUCAACAUUUGUGUGUCCGUUCUGUGGAGCCAGACACCUGGACCAGCAGGAACUGGUGAAGCACUGUAUGGACAACCACCGUAAUGACCCCAAUAAAGUGGUAUGUCCUGUGUGUUCAGCUAUGCCAUGGGGAGACCCCAGCUAUAAGAGCUCAAACUUCCUCCAGCAUCUCCUCCACAGACACAAGUUCUCUUAUGACACCUUUGUUGAUUACAGUAUUGAUGAAGAGGCAGCACUGCAGGCAGCUCUGGCACUGUCACUGGCUGAAAACUGACACAUCAACACCACCCUGUCGACAUUAGCACCUGCUCCACCUCAUUCCUCUGCACUGCUGUUGUUCUUCCUUUGCUCAGAAGGUAUCAUCCACCCAGCAAACACACCUGACCCUGCCAGGUUCACACAGUUUCCACAGAGAUCCACAUCACGGAGCAGUCCAGCUGACUUUGGAUUUGGUGAUGACCUCACGCCAGGGAGUCUCUCCUGGUGUAACAGUGCAGCCACUCAUUCAUCUUUUCACUGAUCCAUUUGGAUUUGAAGUUUUGAAGACAAAACAUUCUGUGGAUUUGGAAUGGAUCCAGUGACCAAGUGAUCAAGAUAAGCAACUUAAAAUUGGACAUCACCCAUGGCUUGGAAACAGUCCAUCCACUCACAGUGUCAGUGCUCCUGACAGCAGCCAUCUGGACUACCAUUCACAGCAUGAAGGGCUAUCUCCAUGGAAAAUGUCUCGUCUGUGAGUUUGAAACAUCUUGAAGCAUGCUGACUCUAAAACCCUCAUCACUGUUCCAGGUCUUUACAGGAUCACAGGUCACUGACUGCUGGUACUCACUGAGUAACUAGGUUGAUGCUCAGUCUGUUACAUAGUGAGCGGGCGUUAACAUACAGUAGUUAAAAUAACUUAAUAGUCUAAAAUACAAUGAAUCAACACUUCUUCACUAUUAUCUCCACAAACAGUUACACCUGCUAUAAAGCUGGUGUAGUAUUUUGCACGUAUCAGACAAAACAAAAUCACAUUAGUAAAAGCAGCAGUAGCAGCAGCUUGUUGACCUGGCUGACAGGUGACUUGUUGACUGCUGCUGUCCAUGACAAUAUCGUCUAAUGGUCACGCUCAGCAGGUUAGAGGUGAAGGUGCCCUGGCCGUGAACACGCACCAGCACAACAUGCAUGGGGAAGAUAAAACUUCCUGGAUUUACAUGUAUAUGAACAAUAUAAGGCCGUGUGCUCAUUUCAUUCUCUGGCCUUAUGUUUCACUGCAGUAAGCUGUGUUAACACAGCUGUGUCAAUCCUCAUGUGGGUGUGUUAUGAAUAUUCUGCUUGCAGUGUUCACAUGUGACAGGCAGACAAACCCUCUUCCAGAUUAUCUGGAGAAAACAUAUGUUACUGUUGUAUGAUGAAAUAAAAGAUACAUGUGGAUAAAGCUAUUAGGUACAAAUUCAGUAAUUACAGAGAAAUAUCACAGUAUUUUGGAGACUCUACUUAAAACAGUGUUCAUGUAAAGUAGGUUACUGAACCCACCAUAUGUCUUCAAAGUAUGAUUCAAAGUAUAUUACAAUUCAAACUUCUAUACAAAUUUCUUACACUUUUUCAUGUUAUAUUGGUAUGCAAGAAAAAGCACACAAAAUGGAAUUUGUUAAAUAAUCCAUUUAAGAAAUGAGUACAAAUUAGUGAGAUGAAGGACUGAAAUGUUUCUCCUCAGAUUUCUGUUAGCAGCUGGAGGUGAGAGUGAGGCUGAUGGAUCCCAGCAGUGGACUGAUAUCAGACAAAUAAACUAAUGUGCAAUUCUGGUGAGAUUCAUGAUAUUAGAAGCCGAAAGAAUGUUAGAGGGACAAUCUGCACAGCUUAAUUAGAUUUAGCUCCACCUUCCAGUUAGCGUUGCACCCACUGCUGUACCAUACUGCUGUGAAACUGAUGGCCUCUGUCUUUAGCUCUGUCUCUCGGCUGUCUUUUUCCAACAUAACCUGUAUUUUAUGUUUGUUAAUGCAUAGAAAAUAACCAUUUGAAGACCAAAUCAUUUUCACAAAGCAACAGCAAUAUUUCCAUAAACAUUGAGGGCAGACUUGAACCCUCUGCAUACACAUGGCAGAAAGGAAGUUUAAUCUUCUCCUCAUGUACAUGAUGUCUGUAGACUUUUACACCAGCAAGCAUGUCAACACACCUGUGUAUGCAGACACCCAGUGACAUAUAAACUGAACCACGUCUUUGUCCAUGUUGAAUUAUAUCUGGCCCUUUAGCCUGCUCUAGCUUCUUUAUAGCCAUGUCUAUAUCCUCCAUAAACACAAACCCAUCAUUGUUAUCUCAGUGCUUUGCCAGAAGGCUCAUUCACAAGAUAUUGAAAUGAAAGAAUCACUGUAGAGUCAGAGUGUUGUGGAAGCAUGACCUUGGCACAGUGAUGGUGGUGUGACUGGCCAGGCACUGAGAAAUCAUGGUCAGUCUUGAUGUCAAAUGUGAAUGGCAGGCUGUCAGACUGAGCAAUAUAAAAGUUACUCCAGAGGGAGCAGCAUUGCCAGAAUAACCAGGUUUACUGUAAUAAUCCAUUACUGUUAAAUGCACUUUGUCAGUGGACUGCAGCAGCUGGCAUUGCAAGCUGAAAAUGUCCUUUAACCAGAUCCCUGACUGACUGAAUGCAUUGGAAAAGUGACCCCAAGAGCCAAAUAUGGAAGUUUUGAAGUUAGCAGAGCUGUCAGAGAUAGGAUAUCUAAACCUGUGUGACAAACUGAGCAGCAGUCUGUUCUGUGACUGUGAUGCUGAACUUUAACAUGAUAAAUUGGUAUUUUAGUCAUAGUUGUGACAUUGCAUCACCAAAAGAAACUUCACAGGCUGACGUCCUGGAAGCUCAGUCAUAGCUCAUCCAUUACUGUCUGCAGACAACAGACAGACCUAAAGAUACGAUGGGGAAAUAAAAACAGACUUCAGAGCUUCAUGUGUAGUUUAAAUGGAUCAAACUACACUGAUGAAGGAAGGAGGGAUCAUUUGUCCUCUGCUCAGAAUGCCAGUAAUACCAUGUUGAUCUCCAUAGUAUAUUGACAUUUACAGUAACAGACAUUCACCAUCACCCCCUAAAAGCAAAGUCAAAAAGUUCCUAUUUUUUAUCCUUGUGAAUACUUGCACUGUCAGCAUUUUCUUCUACCAGACUGAUCUGAAAAUAUUAGUUGGAAAAACAUCAGAAGGGAUAGAACCUCCAUUUUACUGUUAUCUGCUUCUUCAACUCUUGCUACAAGGAAUAUUUUUAUGAUGCGUCUGCCGAGAUAGAUGAGUAUAAAAAGAUAUAUUUUUGGAAAAUGUUUCCGUUUAAAACAACAGGACUAAUAUCAGACAUGGGUCGGAUAUGUGUCUGCAAUUUUAAGGGGAAAAUGAAGUUGAUUAACAAACUUGAAUUGUUGUUAACACACACACACACACACACACACACACACACACACACACACACACACACACACACACACACACACACACACACACACACACACAUAUACAGGACUGGAGGUGUGCUUUAACACAGAUGGACCAGUAGAUGGCAGUCCUUCUCCAGAUGUGCCGAGCCAUAAUGAAACCAACACACUCAUAGAAUAUUAUAUAUCAAAUCAUGAUUGUUAUAGAGGUUGUGGAGAAAAGAGAAGAGGUAACUUUGGCCGUGUUUCCACAGAAGGAUACAUUCAUCAUUUGCACUUUAAUUCGUUCAGUUUUUUUAAUAAUAGUUGGAAUUCUUUUUGUAUAAUCUUAACUCUUUAAUGAUUUUCAAUUAAAUUCCAUAGCACAAUAAGUGUUUUUUUUAAAAAGUUGACCAAGAUCUUGUAAAUGAUAAAAGCUGUCAGGGGUUAUAAGUUAUAUGAUAUAAAAUGUACCAUUAGUUUUGUUUGUGUGACAAAAAUUUCAAAUAAUUGUUGACUGAGUACUUAAUUUAAAUUGGCAGCAUGUGCCAUUUCUUUUCUUCCAAUAAUGUUAUUGUGGUAAAAAGAAAAAAAAAGAAAGAAAGAAAUAAAAAAGACAAAGAAAUGGAUUGAUUGGGAAUGCUGAUUAUGCAACAGCAGAGCUGACAUACUCCCAUAGUACAAACAGGUCAGAACAUGGAGCACGAUGGAGGAUGAUUAAGACCAUGUGAAGAAUACAUACAAAACAAAUGAGAUAUCCUGCAUCAACAUCACUAUGUUCCUAUGUUUCUCUUAAGGCCAGUAACAACAUAGCACAACAUUCUUAAAAAUUGGAUUUCAUUAUCUUGAAAAACAGACGUUGGCUAGCAUGAGGGUCAAUAUUUAUGAACAUUUAUAUCCAACAUUUAUAUAUUGGAUAUAUAUGGAUUAAAUAAUUACAAAAAUGAUUAGUUUCCCUGUUGUAAUUCUGACUUGGAUGUUGAAAUAAACACAAGCCUACAUUUAAAACUGGCUAUUGUUACUCUAAUGUGAUGCAUUAUCUUAAAAUUCAAAGAUCUAAGUAUAAGAAAAAGGAGUGUUCAGACUUAACACUAAUAAAUAAAUAAAUACAUUUUACUUGGGAAUAUUAAAACAAGUUUGAUGGCCACUGUUAUUCUGUCCUCAUUUAUUCACCUCAAACAGCUAAUAAUGGACUGUGCAGAAGUUUGCUGUAGUUAACUAGCAAAGUAUGCACCACACAUGUGCCUGUGCUGUGUUUGUGGGACAAUUAAGCCUCUGUCAGUCUCAAAACUCACCAGUAUCUAGUUCUUUCUGUUAUUUUCCACCAUACUGUAUCUAUAUUUUUCUUAUCUCUGUACAUUCAUGAAUUAGUCAUUAAACGUUGGGAUAAAUGGGAUUUUUUCAUGUUAAGACAUUUUAAAUUCACAUAGACAUGUUCCAUCACCUGUUGCAACUUUGCAUCUCCCAGGGCAAAUCCAUGUGUUCUCACAUCUUUGAAUUGGCUUAAAGAAACACAGCAGCACCAACUCUAAAAUUACCUUUAACUUCAGUCUGAACAUCUUAUGGAAAAAGUCACAAUUCUGUCUUCAGUCCCAGGUUCUAGUGUUUUCUCACUCUCUGACCUUUACUCAAAAAAAUAAAUAAUAUUGGCAAAUUUGAAGGAACCCCCCCCCCCCAAAAAAACAACAAAAAACAACAACAACAACAAUUAAUAACUAAUAUUUUUAGCAGAUGCACAAUAAUAAGAUUUGUCUCUAAAAUAAUGUUCUUUUCAGCAUUCCGCUUCUGUAAGUUGCGUUUCUCAAAAUAUAAUGAUGUUUUUAUGUUUGAGUAGAUUUCAAGGUUUCUUCUUUCUUCAUGCAAAGAAUCACUUCUUCAGUUUGUUGUUACAAUUUGUAUAUUCAUGUUGUAAUAGCAAUCUUUUACAAUUGCAGCACUCUUCUUACCUCUGUAGAAGAAUUCUUGGAUUCUUAUUUUGUUCAAAUGUGUGUACUUCAUGUUUAUCUGCUUCUCUCUAACUCUUCAUCUGAACACAUUUCCUCAAGAAAUGUAAUCUGUUUUUGUGUUGCAUUUAAUAUUUUGUGUAACUGUCACUGCGUGUCAUUAAUAAUCAUUAAAGGCAGCCAGGUUACAGUAGCUCAACAGUCUCAUCACAGUGAACAAAUGAAGGUAUGACUGAACUGA